GUUUCGGGUUUGUUGUGUCUCGCGUAAAAUCGAGUGCUGUUCAUCGCGAUCCCGCGCAUUAUUCACAUUCAUCGUCGAGAAAUACGCAUAGUCAGGAUGCCGAAGAGAAAAAAUCAAGCCCUCAUAGACUCCGACAGUAGUGGCAGUGCAUCGGAAAGCGGCUCAGACUUGGAAAAUGAUCUAUUGUCAUUGGCAAAAAAAAAGAAGGGAAAGUCUCAAGAUGAUUCUCAGUCGAAUGAAGAUAACAGCUCUGUUAAGAAAGAUACUAAACAAGAUUCAGACACAUCAGAUUCUGAUGAUUGGAGCAAUAAGGCUGGGAAGACAAAGAAAAAGAAACCACCAGCAAAAAGAAGCAAACGAAAAAUGACAAAGUCUAGUACGGAGGAUAGCGCCAGCGAAAAAGAACCUGCUAAACAGAUUUCGGAGCCGGAAGAAGGUGAAGUAUCAGAUUCUGAUGCAAGUGUUUCUGACUCUAGCCAAGAAGAAUUUAAUGAUGGUUACGAUGAUAAACUCAUGGGAGAUGCAGAAGAUCAAGCUAGACUAGCUCAAAUGACGGAAAAAGAGCGUGAACAGGAAAUUUUUAAACGGAUUGAACAACGUGAAAUUAUGAAAACAAGAUUUGAAAUUGAAAAGAAAUUGAGGAUGGCUAAGAAACAAGAGUUAAAAAAGCAAAAGGAAUCGAAAAAGAAAGAGAAGGGAAUUGAAGAGAAAAAAGUGGAUAGAGCCCCAGAUCCUAAGGAAAGAAGUAAAGAUCGUAAAAAGACGAUAGAAGAGAAGCAAGAUAAGAAGUUUCAUGCAAUGUCUUUACUUAAAGCUAGACGUGAAGAAAAAAAAGAACGAGAGGAAAAGGAGAAACAAAGGAUAGAGCAACAGCAACAACAAUCAAAAGAUAUAGAGGAAGAAGAAUUGGAAGAUGAUCAUAAAGGUGGAAGUAAAACAAAACUCAAAGCAUCAGAUAUAUAUUCUGAUGAUAGUGGUUCAUCGGAUAGUGCGGAAGAGGAAGAAGUGGUUAAACCAACAUCACAACGCAGAUCCUCCUCGAGCGAGAGUCGUGACUCUGAUUCGGAUAACGAUAAAAAAUCGAUUACGAGUAAUAAAGCCAAACCGAAGAAACCAGUAUAUAUUAGUACUAAAGAGGAUUUAAACAAAAUCCGAUUGUCCCGUCAUAAGAUGGAAAGAUUUGUUCAUUUACCAUUCUUCGAUAGAGUGGUGCAAGGUUGUUUCGUCAGGAUUGGUAUUGGCAAUAAUAAUGGUAAACCUGUCUAUAGAGUAGCCGAGAUAAGUGGCGUGUGUGAAACAGGAAAAAUUUAUCAGCUCGGCGGCACGAGAACCAACAAAGGAUUGAAAUUACGCCACGGAGCGCAGGAACGUGUAUUCAGGCUCGAAUUUGUCUCAAAUCAGGAAUUUACGGAUUCAGAAUUCCUCAAGUGGAAGGAAACGUGUGCAUUGCAAGGAAUAUCUAUGCCCACCUUCGAUGAAGUAGAUCAGAAAUUAAAAGAUAUUAAAGAGGCGCUGGUAUAUGAAUUUAAGGAAGAGGACAUCGAGAAGAUAGUUCGUGAGAAAGAGAGAUUCAAACAAACUCCCUAUAAUUACGCGAUGAAGAAAGCGCAACUCAUGAGAGAACGCGAUGCAGCUAAUUGUAGAGGAGAUGACGAGACUGCUAGUCGUCUUAAUCAAGAACUGAGCGAGUUGGAAGAACGUGCGUCGGAACUGGACAAAAUGCGUACAGCAUCGAUCUCUAGCAUAUCGUAUAUUAAUGAUCGUAACAGAAAAAGAAAUGUGGAGGAAGCUGAAAAAGCCAUUAUGGAAGAAUUGAAAGCUAGCAAAGGUAAGAAGGUCGACGAUCCAUUCACUAGACGAAGCACUAAACCCAGAAUGGUAUACAAACCAGAGGAUGAGGAGGCAGUAACUAUUCCAUUAAACGACAAAUCGAGUACUCAUCCAGCCGGAGACUCCGUAUCAAACGCCAAUGAUAAGGAAAACGAACAGGAUUCUAAGAAGAAGCAAAGUACGGAAGAUCUCUUCAAUGCGCAUGAUUUCGACAUAACAAUAGAUUUGGAAGUUCCUAUUCCAAAUAAUCCUGUUAGUGUCCUACCAAAACCUAUUAACAACAUCAAGGACACAGGACCUCGUCGAUCGCUAAAUCUAGAAGAUUACAAAAAGAAACGUGGUCUUAUCUAACAUUUCAUAUGCUUUAGAUAUCGCGAGAAGAUACGAUAAGGUUAAAUUUUACCAAGGUUGUUCUGUAGUAAUUAAAGAUAUUACCUUAUUUGUCGAAUCCUCUGGUUAACAACAAGAACGAAAGAUACGUUCUUGUAACGAUUAACUGAGGUUAUUUAUAACACAUUUGUAGUUAUUAUUAUUAUCAUCAAUAUUAUUAUUAACGACGAUUCCAUUCGUGCAUCUUUAAUACGUUGAGUGCAGUGGUGGACUGAUCGGUGAUGGGAUAAUCUGUGUGCUAAUUUUGCGGGUGAAGAAUUAGCUGAUGUGUAUUGUAGUACAUAAUAAAGAAACGUUGCAUAAUAAAAAAAACAUUGACAAAACCAAUCAAUAUUUAAUGAUUCUACGAAUAUUUCAAUUUGAUAUUAGCUAACGUUCGUGUUCUUACAUAAGAUAUUAAAUAUUGAUAUCUGCUAUUAGCUAUUCCGCUAUUAUUCGUCGUUCAUCAUGACACUCAACGUAUUAAAUAAUAACAUGAUGGCUCCAACUAAAGCGAAAUCUGUUUAUGUAUUCAAUGUCCAAUAUUCCGAAUAACAAAAUUGAUCGUCAGACGGAACAUGAAUAAUAAUUGACAAACGAUCAUAACUGUGUUUAAACGGUGUUUAAAAAAAAAAUGAUACGUAUGAUACGUGUUAUUGGAUAACUGAAACAAAUAUGCUCUAUUUUGCAUCAUCCACUACCAUAGCAUGAUUAUACAUGUCAUAUCCGAGUGAAAGAAAAGAGAAAUACAGAAAGAGAGACAUGUUUGUAUCUAAUGAAGAAAUAAUUUGCCAAAUAAUUAAAUUUAGGAAUAAUAGUAUCAUUUCUAUGCGAUUACAAUUAUAACAUAAGGCAAUUUUCUGUGUUAUUCAUAAAAG